CUUUUAUUGUCAAUUUUUAAGUAAAUUUUGACUCGUUUUUAGUAACCAUAUUCAACAAUAAUACAGUAUUUCCCACUAAGGAUUUAUAGAAAGUUUGCAAGUUACUAGGCUUUUAUUCAAGUUUUUUUUUAAAUUUAUGAAACAUUUAUUUAAACGAGAUCCGCAGAAUGAGUACAGAGUUUACAAUGGACCAUGUCAUAAAAGCGGUUAAUACGCUUAACUUGGGCAACGUUGUGUGGGCCGAUGAAUACUUGGCCGCUUUUCAGAAAUCGAAUGACACCUGGAUAAUAGCAGAGGAAAUACUAUCCUACAGGCCACCUCAUGACCUGCACAUCAUGACCUUUGCGGCUAUGAGUUUGGCCAAGAAAAUAAAGGAAUGCUUUCAAAAUCUGCGAAAGUCGCAGCUUAUCUCUUUAAAGAAUUGCUUGAUCGAACACCUUAAAUAUGCAGCCAUGAUGCCGGAUUCCAACUCGUUGAUUGUGCAGCUGGGAGUUUGCCUAGCAGCUUUGGGCCUAAUGGUUUCGCAAUGGGACCACGAGCUACAAGACUUUGUGCAGAAGCUAUCAGAAAAACCACAAUACGUGAUGGCACUUUUGGAGGUCCUGAAGGUCGUGCCUGAGGAGACACGGCCAUCGAAUCUUCUGUUGCCAGUCGAGCAACUGGACAUCGUAAUCCAGCAGCUCCGAUUUCAAUCCCCGUAUGUCCUAGAUGUGCUGGAAGGACUUCUGCAGCGACAGGACUUACCAGACGAUGCCCUGUCGAAAUGCCUGGCUGUUUGCGCGUCCUGGACCAAAUUUGGUUUACUUUCACCCAACGAAGUGCUGGAAAGCAAACUGCUUCUAAAAGCGGAAUUUAUUCUAGUUACCCCGCUGGCUAAAGGACAUUUGCAGGCGGCGGAACUCAUUAUGGCCAUGCUCGAACAAUCACUGGUUAGAACUAAUCUGGAUGGGCGUUUGGCCGAUUUGGUCAUCUCCUUGAAACCGGCAUUCAAACGCUCCAUGGGCGACAACCCACUGUUGCAAAACUAUUGCAACAUAUUUGUAAAUCUGUUCAACACACACUUUAAGCUAACUCAAACGAACCCGGAACGACUCGAAGAGCGACUUUUAACCAUCGAGCUAUUGCUACUUAUAGCCGAAAAGUCGCCAGUGGAGGUGAUAGAGGCCUCCUUGGGUAUGUGGUCCUCGAUUUCAGAAGAAGUGCUCCACGACGCCGAUCCCUACAAGUAUUCUGUGUAUCGACCCUACUUCCAGCGUCUUCUGGAUCUACUCUUUCCACGGGCUGCCCUGCCAGCCAGUUAUGAAUUCAUGAUGCCACCAGGAUCGGCGGACAUUCAGCGUUUCCGCGGGCUCAUAGGUGAGGUGCUGUUGGAUAUGGCUCACAUGAUAAAUGCCGAUACCAUGGAGAAGCUGUACAAUAUCGUAGUAGAUGAGCUGAGCCCCUGGACGAAAGUGGAAGCUGGCGUUUUUUUCUUGCGUCACCUGUUGGGAAACAUGAAGAAGCAACAAACUGAUAUAAUCCUAAGCAUUUUAAACAACUUACAAGAUCGUCCGCAGGCUUUCAUACGCCUGCAGCUCCUUGAGCUGAUCUCAAUCCCCGAAACCGUGAGUAUCGAGACCAUCUGGGCUUGUCUGGUCAACGAACUGCGCCGCGCGCAGCCGAUGUUUCCGGCCAUCGAGUGCCGCCUGAAUCUUGUGAUGCCCCACUGGAACUACUUAGUUAUCCUGGCCAUCGAGAUGGACGGUUUCCGCUUGGAGGAGAGCGAGCGGUGUCAGCUUCUGUCCAGUAUCUGUGCCUUGAUCAGGGAACUACCUGCGACGCAUUUCCGUAGAGCAAAGCGGUCAAUGUUUAAUAUCAAGUGGCUCAAGUGUCCUGCCCACACUCAAGCGAAUCGUUUCAAGCUGAUACAGAAUAGUUUUGAACUUAUUUAAAUUACAUUUUGUUACAAUUGUUACAAAUUCAGAUAAAUAUAGCUCAUCAAAAGCAA